AUGUGGACGGAACAUCGCAAUCCCGAAGGUCGUACAUAUUGGUUCAAUACGGUGACGCGGGAGAGCGUUUGGGAGAAGCCAGAUGACCUAAAGACUCCAUUCGAGCGCGCCUUAUCCGAGACGAAGUGGAAAGAAUACUUUUCCGGUGGGCGCAAAUACUACUACAAUACGGAAACUAAGGAGUCCAAAUGGGACAUGCCAGAUGAGCUAGUACUUCUCCUUGAGAAAGUUGAGAAAGAAUCUAAGAGUAAUCAGCUUGUGCUAGCAAACUCAGUUCCUCCGCCAGCACAGGCUUCUCCCGAACCUGCUAGUGGGCCGUCUUCUCAAACCAACGGCACUGAGGGUGCCCUGACUAUACCUGGUACAAAUCUUCCUUUCUCAUCGUCCGGUGUUUUGCCAGCUCGCCCGAAUCUGCCUGAUGACCCCCUGAUUCCCCACAACGGAUUCCCCACGAUAGAGGAAGCCGAGAAGGCAUUUAUGCACUUGCUGAGAAAAGCGGGCGUUGAUGCAGAUUGGAGCUGGGAUCAAACUAUGAGGGCUAUCAUCACCGAUCCAUUGUAUAAAGCACUGAAUACACUCGCUGAGAAGAAGGCAGCUUGGCAGAAAUACACUGAGGGUCUGCGACAAAAAGAAGAGGAAGAGAGAGAAGCGAGGUUGUCUAAGUUGCGCCCAGCGAUCAGAAACAUGCUUAAGGGCAAUCCUAACGUCUUCCACUAUACUACGUUUGGCACAGCAGAUAAACUCUUUGCACAGCACCCUAUCUGGCAGCAAGCGAAAAUCGAAGCCGAACGCAGGCUUGUUUUUGAGGAGUAUGUUGCUGAACUAAAGCAACGGGAAGUGCAAGAAACAAGGGCAGCAAGGACACGCAGCAUAUCAAAAGUCGUAUCCCUCUUUAAGGAACUCGGUGUUGACGUCCUGACUCGAUGGCGCAAAGCACUUGAUAUGCUCGUUGAAUGUGAGGAAUGGAAGGAAGAUCCGGAGUUGCGUAAAUUGCCAACUCUUGAUAUUCUCCUUGCUUUCGAGGACUACAGUCGAGUCAAAGAACGUGAGUUCGAGGAACAAAUGCGCCGUACGCAGGUUGAAAAGACUCGCUCCGAGCGCAAAGCCAGGGAGGCUUUCAGGGGCCUCUUGCAGGAACUCGUAGCUUCCGGUAAGAUCAGAGCACGCGCGAAAUGGAGGCAGGUCUAUCCUUCUUUUGCGGCGGACAAGCGUUACCUGAACCUUCUUGGCAAACCUGGGUCUAACCCGCUUGAGCUCUUUUGGGACGUAGUCGAUCGGCUGGAUCAACAACUCGACGCAAAAAUUGCGAUCGCGGAGGAGUCCAUACGCAAAGUAGAAGCGCCCAACGAGUCGGCUGAGGAUGCGGCAAAAUCCGGGAUCGUGAUGAUUGCGCCGGAAUCCACUUUAGAAGAGUUCGCGGCAAGAGUGAGAAGGGAUCCAGAAUCUGCAGGGAAGUUAGGCGACGAGGAACUGCACGAGGUCUUCCGUUCUCUGCACGAACAAGCUAUUAAGAAACAACAAGAGGAGAAGAAGCGUUACGAACGCAGACAGAGACAUUUGCAGGAUGACCUUCGUUACGCGCUCAAGAAGCUCUCUGAACCGAUAGACAUCAAUGGUUCAUACGAAUCGGCCGUUCCGCUGAUUGAGCACCUCCCGGAAUUCAAGGCUAUUGAAGACGAAGAAGGUCGCCGUGCUGCUUUUGCCAAGUUCGUGAAGAGACAGAAAGAGCGCAUGCGAGAAGCUGCGUCUGAGGAUGGUGCGUCGACUACGAGCAGGAAGCGUAAGGAGCCUGGCCGUGAUGGCGAAAGAGACCGUGACAGGGAUCGCGACAGGGACCGCGACCGGGAUCGUGAACGCGAUAGAGAGCGCGACAGGGACCGUGACCGAGAUGCGUACCGAGACAAGGCUCGUGAUUACGACCGCGACAGGGAACGUGAUCGAGACCGUGAGCGGGACCGCGAACGUGAUCGUGACAGAGAGCACCGAGAUGCUCGCAGUUCUCGACAUCACCGAGACGACUACGAUGAUUACUCACGCGACCACCCUCGCGAGAGAUCUAAAGAUUACGGAUAUUUAGAGCGGGACCGAGAAAGAGACCAUCGGUCUUCAAAGUACAGUCGCGAUGAGCGUGAUACCCGAGACGACAGGAGACGUCCCCGGAGAAGUUCACGGGAGCAGGGGCAUAGCCGCGGAUACGAAGGAGCGCCGCCUUACGGAAACGAAGACGAGGAACACGACCGGGGCAGGGAAAAACGGGAGCGUAGCCGGGACGAGCGCCGGGAUACGUCCAAACAUGGUGAGAGAAGCUACGGUGAGAGGGCUGAGAAGCGACCAAGGUAUGAUCCUGAUAUUGAAAGCCGUAAAGAGAGCAGAGAAGAAAAAUCACACAGGGCCGAGACUCCUGAAGAAGGGGAGAUAUGA